AUGAAUGCAUUUCAAACCGCAGUGGACAUUGAUAACCAGCAGCCGCAACAAGAAGGAACGACAUUUUGGUUUCGUUGGCUCAUUCGAAUUGUUGCCGUUGUCACUGGCAUUCUUGCAAUGAUAUGUGGUGUCUUUGGUGCACUUAGUGUCUCGCUUUCAUGUAUCGCAGCUGGCAUUAUAAUGAUUUUUCUCGGCUUUUCAAUGAUCAUGUUCGAAGUACCCAUUUGCUGUCAAUUCGUUUCGUACACUCAACCAGUGGCGAAAUUUUCCGAGACUCGUCCAGCAUGGCAAAAAGCAAUGCUCUAUUCAUUGCCACCUCUUAUUCCACUUGUUCUAUGUCAAUCGAUAAGUAUCGUAUUGGGUUUCAUUUGUUUACUCGUGAAUGGAGCCAUUCAAUUCAUGUUAACCGUUGGCAAAAAAGCAACAAAAGAAGAAAUGUCAAGUCGCGCCGGUGCACAACCCAUACCUGACGGGCCACCAGUUGCUGCAGCCAAUGAUAAAGGUUUUAGAUUCAAUUAA